AUGAUCUCCAAUCUCUUCAAGGCUAUGCCCCCUAGGGCGGCUGCCUUCGCCUCCAUGAAGCGUCCUGCCCAGGUCCGCUUCAUGGCCACUGUGCGCCAGCGUGCGGCUAUGGAACCAGCCACCUUCACCAUCCGUGAUGGUCCGAUGUUUUCCGGAAAGUCCUUCGGUGCCCGCUCCAACAUCUCCGGCGAGGCUGUCUUCACCACCUCCUUGGUCGGGUACCCCGAGUCCCUGACCGACCCCUCCUACCGUGGUCAGAUCCUGGUCUUCACCCAGCCUCUGAUCGGCAACUACGGUGUUCCCUCCGCUGAGAAGGACUCCAAUGGACUCCUGAAGUACUUCGAGUCCCCCAACCUGCAGGCUGCCGGUGUCGUGGUCGCCGAUGUCGCCGAGCAGUACAGCCACUGGACUGCCGUCCAGAGUCUGGGCGAGUGGUGCGCCCGCGAAGGUGUUCCCGCCAUCUCUGGUGUUGACACCCGUGCCAUUGUCACCUAUCUGCGUGAGCAGGGUUCUUCUCUGGCCCGUAUCACCGUCGGCGAAGAGUAUGAUGCCAACGAGGAUGAGGCUUUCACUGACCCUGAGCAAAUCCACUUGGUGCGCCAGGUCAGCACCAAGCAGCCCUUCCACGUUGCCGCUGCCGAUUCCCACUCCCACGUCGCUGUCAUUGACUGUGGUGUUAAGGAGAACAUUCUCCGCAGCUUGGUCGGCCGUGGCUCCAGCGUCACUGUCUUCCCCUUCGACUACCCCAUCCACAAGGUCGCCCACCACUUCGAUGGUGUCUUCAUCUCCAACGGCCCUGGUGACCCCACCCACUGCCAGGACACUGUCUACCACCUCAAGCGUCUCAUGGAGACCUCUCAGAUCCCCAUCUUCGGUAUCUGUCUGGGCCACCAGCUCCUUGCCCUGGCCAGCGGUGCCAGCACCGUCAAGCUCAAGUACGGAAACCGUGCUCACAACAUCCCCGCCCUGGACCUGAGCACCGGUCGCUGCCACAUCACCAGUCAGAACCACGGUUACGCUGUCGACGUCAACACCCUUCCCCCCGACUGGAAGCCCUACUUCGUCAACCUGAACGACCAGAGCAACGAGGGUAUGAUCCACAAGUCUCGUCCCAUUUUCAGCACCCAGUUCCACCCCGAGGCUAAGGGUGGUCCCCUUGACUCCUCCUACCUGUUCGAUAUCUACUUGGACAGUGUCCUCAAGUACAAGAACAACCAGGCUGGUCUCUACCCCACCCGUGACAGCCGUCCCAGCCCUCUCUUGGUUGACCUGCUCGCCAAGGAGCGUGUCGGCGUUCAGCCCACCAUUGGCCAGCAGAACGUGAUGGCCGCUGCCGCUGCCGCUGGCUCCGCUUAA